GAUUUGUCUGUCGUGCUACCACCAAUAAUCCACCUCCUUUUCGCCACUACAUUUCAUCCUCCCGUCUUCUCUCUCUUCUCUCUCUCUCCCUCUUCAAGCAACUUUCACUUUCCGCUCGCUGUAACCUCAUCCAGCAUUGGUAGGACCUUACCUUCUAUCACCAUGUUCUGUCUCCGGAGCUGGCUACCUCUCCUCUUCAUUCCGACCAACGCUUCCCCGCUCUUCCUCAUCUCCUUCGUCACCCUCACCUACAUCCUUCACCGACCAUGUAUCUACUGCUCUGCCCUCCUCGUCAUCCUCUUCGCUUCCACCUGUAACUGGUCGGAUCGAUGCUUCUUCAACCUCCGCUCGGACUGGUUCGCCCCUCGCUACUCUUCUUCCUCCCCCUCCCUUGACAACUCCCUAUGCCACCAACACAACGCCUCCUCCUCCUCCGCCUCGCUACUUGCACUCGAGAACGAAUCGCUAGCUGGCUACGCUUUCGAGACCGUCAACAGCACCGCAAAAGCACUAGCCGGUGCCGUGGUUGACAAAGCCCAAAAACGAUUCUUUGCCGACCCAUCUUGUCCCCCGGGGGCUGCAGCCUUAAAUGAGCUGCAGACAGCUGACUGGACGAACUUCGGACUGGAAUGGUUGCGCAGUUUGGUUGGACGACGGGAAUGGACGCUCCCUUGCGUGGAUGUCAAGGUCCGACUAUAGCUUCUUCAAAGAUGCUUUACCUUUUUUUUUUUUUUUUUUUUUUUUUUUUU